UGGAGGCAGAUGGGGAAGGGUAGGUGUGUAGUUAUGAUGGUGAUAGAGCAGGUGGGUAGUAAUGGUACGGUUUAAAUAUCUGAGUAGUUGGUUGGUGGUGUGCAGUCGUGUAAUGACUGGGAAGUUACAGUAUGGUGAUUCAGUUGAAGUAAGUGUGCAGAUACCCGAGAGCGAGAAUCUGGGCUGAAGUGUGGACGUGUCCUGCUGAAGUGGUCAAAGUAGAAGAAACUGCUGACAUCCACUUCGACUGUGUAACUCCCGACAUGAACGCAUCUAAACAGUGUGUUUCUGUAACCUGCACCAGUGUACUGUGCUGAUGGCCUCUAAGCUGCUGGACAGACUUCGCCGCUCGCUGUUCAAAGAAGGCGAGCUCCAGGUGGACACGGAGGACGCCGAUGCCUUUCCGGAAAGCUCUGAACUUGAGGACGACACCGACAACGUCUCAUCCAGGCUCAGCGGGACGCUCUGCUUUGAAGGCGACGGUGUCAUGGAUUCAGAAGAUGCUGGUGAAACAUCCGGCCUGGACAGUGAUUCGGACUGCUUCGCAGAGUCCAUCGAUAACGUGUGCAGCAGCACAGAUAUAAGCCCCACGGGCCCGACCCUUAAGGGUUCGAACAUGCUCACCCGACAGCUACAGGAGAGCUGGAAAAAUCUGCGCACUCGCUGUGUGGUAGAAAAAAUCCUUUUCGAAGUGACUGAUGCCACUGUGGUGCAAGAGGCAAACUCCAAAUAUGUGCUUUACACAAUUCAUGUCAUCCUCUCGGGCACGUUCGACAAAGCCCCCGCAGUCAUCGCACGUCGCUACACAGAUUUCGAGCGGCUGCACCAUCUCCUUCGCCGGCAUCACAGAGAAGCCAUGGAAGGGGUCCACUUUCCACGUAAGAAGCUGCGCCGGAACUUUGCAGCCGAAACCAUUGGCAAGCGGAGCCGUGCAUUCGAGCAGUACCUCUCACAUCUUCAUUCGUUGACUGAGGUGCGAGCUUCAUCUGCCUUCCUGGAGUUUUUUUACCUGAGCGAACUGCGCAGCGGGCAGACCCUGCUGCGUUCUGGUCGCUACGAGGAAGCGCUGGCUGCUCUGGUUAAUGCACUGCGCCUCCAGGAGAAACUGGACUCGCCACACAAGAUACACAGGCUCUUCACACUCUCAGCAGUGGCGAUUUGCUACCAGGAGCUGGAGAGGCUGAGCGAGGCCCAGGAGCACUGCGAGUAUGCGCUCAAUAAACUAGUGCCCUCUUUCCACAUGCAAAAAGUACAACUAAAGCAACUCCACCCACUACUAGUGCCGCUUCUUCAGGCCAACGUUCGGCUCUGCUGGAAGAUUUCCAAGGACAAGCGACGAUGGGAGGCACUGCUGCAUGAGAUCCAGGAGCUCGGUGUUGAUGUCGAAAAUCAGCCUGAUUUGAAGGAAUGUAUAGUUAAAGAGAACCUAUUCGAAAGCGAGGGAUAGUUCAGGUAGAACCGAUGUUGGGCAUUUGACAGUCGGGAUUCAUUUAAUCUGUAAAGAAUAAUCAAGUCACACAAAUAGACACACACAUACAACUAUUUUAUACUAUUUUAUUAUAUUUUGCACACUGGUAUGUCUAAAUAACAUAAAUAAUCACUACAAUGAUGUGUGAUUUCUAUGCAGUGAAUUGAAAAUGGUUUAAGCACAGCCUUAGUAGAAAUCUAUUUUUAUAAAGUAUAUUUUUCAUUUGUCCCCAAAUAUUAUUGGGUGCAGUAUAAACCAGAGAAUGUUGUUUUAUGAAUGCACAUUGAUAAACUGCAUUAAGGGAAAUAAGUUGAUUUAGAACUUUAAUAUUUUUAAUAACGUUUUUACAGUUUUUAGCCACUAAUAUACUUCUCUUCUAGUAUACUCACGUAUCCAUUCAUUUCAGCUGUAAAUGCUGUGCAUAUUUACAGAGAUUGAAUAUUAGGGUUUUUUUUGGCUGCACAUUGACUUCAAUUCUCUGUUUUUGUGUAUAUAUAUAUAUAUAUAU